AUGGCCUCCAUGCACCUGGUCUUCGUGGCUCAGGGCUCUCCUGGAUCAUCUGCACCACAGACACCCAGCCAGGUGUCAAGUGCUCAGCUGCCAGGAGCACCCGACAUGGAGGACAACGGCAUGGCCCAGGCUGCUUUGCGCUUCGGAAGCGGCCUGAUGCUUGGCCUUGUGCUGUUGGCCUUUGGACAGCCCACCUUUGCUGAUGUGGAAGAUGUGGUGAUCCCUGUGGAUGACAAGGGCAAGACCACCACCUUGACCAAGGAGCAGGUGGUUCGUGGCAAGCGUUUGUUUAUCGCGGCCUGCGCCUCUUGCCAUGUCGGCGGUGGCACCCGCACCAACCAGAACGUGGGCCUGGCCAUUGAGGAGUUGAGCGGUGCCCAGCCAAACCGAGCGACUGUCGAGGGAUUGGUGGACUACCUGAACAACCCCACCACCUACGAUGGACUUAAGGACAUCUCUGAGGUCCACCCAUCCAUCAAGGGUGGCGACAUUUGGCCAAAGAUGAUCUCAAUGAAGCAGCAGGACUUGUAUGACAUGUCCGCGUACAUCCUGUACCAGAAUCAGACCAUCCCAGAGAAGUGGGGCGGAGGAAAGGUCUACUAUUAG